UAAGAAUCGCUUACAAAGCAGAAUACUGUCAUUGUAAAGCUAAUAAAGGAACAAUGCAACCUACUUCGAACACAAGAAAAGCGCAUGCAGGAAAAAUUGGAUCAGCCACCGGUGAGCGCAAAACCAUUUGUAACUAUGUUCCCGAUAAAUUCACAGGAGGAAUUAGAGUCAGUCGAAAAAACUUUAUCGGAAGACAACAAAAAUGAAUACAUCGCAGUUGCUAAGGCCCUAUUGACCCCGGGAAGUUUUAAAAAGAAUCUCAAUAAAAUAUUGGGAGUGGACGUGAUUUUGGAUUACAAUGUUGAUGGCAAACACAACAAGAAGCGUAUACAGGAUUAUCCAAAAAUAAUGGACGUGCUCUUUCAAGCUACUACUAAAGAAGGCUGGAACUACAAAUAUUUUCUUGACGAUCUUAGAAAUGGAUUUAAAUGCGCUAGAAAAAAGCAUUCCAAAUAUAAUUGGUCACAACGGAGGAAGCAUACCGAAGGACCUUCUAUAAAAAUUGAAGAAGUUUUGAUACCGUUCAAUGAAUAAAAACUUAAUUAUACCAAAAAAAUUCUAAUUUUCGGUUUAAUUGGAUUUUAAGUAAUUGGUAAAUAAGUGGGAUAUUUUACGCUACGGAUUCACUCGAAAGAAUCUAAAUAAACAGGGUUGGCAAUCUCACUUUCUAAGUUAAGGCUUCUGUUGUUCCCAAAAGAUGAGCUUUGUAAUAUCCAACUGAAAAUAAGUAAAGUUUUCCUGAUAUUGUGAAUCCAUUUGUCACAGAGGAAAAAGUUAACAGUUUUUUCUAU